UGACUGAGUUUUAUCAGUCCAUCACACAGGAAUCUGGUUCUGGGUGUGCCGGUCAGAUAAAGAGAGGAAGUGAGUGGGGAGUGGUCAGUUGGGGGCUGUAUGUUUGAUGUUACUUUCUCUCUUCUACUCUGUUGAGUUCUGGAGUUGGUUCAGGAUGACAGUGUGUGUUCUGUUCAUAUUUGUUGUCAUGCUGGGAGUGUAUGUGGAAUACACACACACUGACAGCUGUUCAACACCACUCACUGUUUCCCAUGAUUCCCUGCUGGUGGAGUACGGAGAACCUGUUAAUCUCACCUGCUCCAUACCAACCAAACCUUCAUCAGAGUACAAGCUGGGCUGGGAGGCUCAGAUUAAUCCUGUCGAAACAGAGAAUGAGACCAGUGUGACGUGGAGAUCACCCGGUCUGACAGAGUGGGAGGUGAACGGAAGGGAGAUGUUCUGUUUCCUGUCAGAGCUGAAUAAAGAACAAUGUAAAAAGAGGGUCCAUCUGAGUCUUUACAGGCAUCCAGACAGUGUGAAGAUCAGCUCUGAGUCCAGCGUGUGGUCAGAAGGUCAGAUGAUGAAGCUGAAGUGUGAGAUUAAGAAUGUGGGUCCCUUACAGAACCUUACUGUACAGUGGACCAGAGUGGACCAGAAUAAAAACAGAACAGUCACUGAAAUGUCAUAUGGAAGUUUCAGCUCUUCUGGAGAGGAGAGAAAGAGCGUGGAUGUGACGGCCACACUGAAUGUCUUGGCCAGCCGUGAUGAAGAUGGAGUCCAGUAUCAGUGUGCAGCUCUACUGAAGCUGGAGCAGCUCCAUCAACCACAAGUGGGAACAUCAGAACCUCUGAACAUCACAGUACACUACAAGCCCACCAUAACACAACCUUCCAAUGAUACCAUAUCUGUGAUUAAGGGCGAUGAGCUGGUUCUGAACUGUUCAGCACAUGGUAACCCCAGUCCUCAGUACUACUGGGGCUCACCUGGAAAAAUCAUUACACACUCCUCCAUCCUCAUCAUCAGCAGUGUCCAGUCAGAAAAUCAGGGUCAAUACAACUGCACUGCCUACAAUGAUGCAGGCUCUGAUUCUGUGAUGGUUAACGUUGUAGUGGACUACAAGCUGAUCAUCAUCACUGUCUGUGCUGUGCUUGGCGUGGGGUUGCUGGUAACUGGGUUCUCCUUUUGGUUGCACGAGCGUUACCGACGCACCCACAGCGUCACUAUAUCCUGAAGAACCUGACGUCAUAUACACA